CUUUAAAGUAAACUUACAAUUAACAAUUGUAUGUUUUUAACCAACAAUGAGCACUGAGAGGCAGCUCAAACAUCACAUCUGGAAUAACACAAACUUUAUUAUAAAAUCUGUUAUGGACUGGUUACUGGCAACGCCUCAGUUGCACAGCGCCUUCUCCUCGUUGGGAUACCUGGAGGGUGACACCUAUGUGGUUAACCCAAAUGCAUUGGCCAUUCUGGAGGAAAUAAAUUACAAAUUAACGUAUGAGGACCAAACACUGCGCACCUUUCGUCGUGCCAUCGGUUUUGGCCAGAAUGUAAGGUCCGAUUUGAUACCCUUGCUGGAGAAUGCCAAGGACGACGCUGUCCUGGAGAGUGUCAUCCGGAUACUGGUCAACCUCACAGUCCCAGUUGAGUGCCUUUUCUCAGUGGACGUGAUGUACCGCACGGAUGUCGGACGGCACACGAUUUUUGAGCUGAACAAGCUUCUCUACACCAGCAAGGAGGCCUUCACCGAUCCCAAGAGCACCAAGAGCGUGGUGGAGUACAUGAAGCACAUCCUGGAAUCAGAGCCCAAACUAUCCCCGCAUAAAUGCGAUCAGAUCAACAAUUGUCUGCUCCUGCUGCGGAAUAUCCUUCAUAUCCCCGAAACCCACGCCCAUUGCGUGAUGCCCAUGAUGCAAUCGAAUGGGCCACAUGGCAUCUCCAUGCAGAACACCAUUCUCUGGAAUCUGUUCAUCCAGAGCAUCGACAAGUUGCUACUCUACCUGAUGACCUGUCCCCAGAGGGCCUUCUGGGGGGUGACCAUGGUCCAGUUAAUAGCUCUGAUCUAUAAGGAUCAGCAUGUCAGCACUUUGCAGAAGCUUCUGAACCUCUGGUUCGAGGCUUCGCUCUCCGAGAGCUCGGAGGACAACGAGAGCAACACCUCGCCGCCGAAACAGGGCAGUGGCGAUUCCAGUCCCAUGCUGACCUCUGACCCCACCUCGGACUCCUCGGACAAUGGCAGCAAUGGGCGUGGAAUGGGCGGUGGUCUUGGCAAGAGAGAGGGCACGGCCGCUACCCUCCAGGAGGUGAGUCGAAAGGGCCAGGAGUACCAGAAUGCCAUGUCCAGAGUGCCGGCCGAUAAGCCAGACAGCUCCGAGGCAGCCAGCGACAUAACCAGCGAGCUACCCGGCUCACCGGAACAAUCCCAGCCUGCAGGCGAGUCCAUGGACGAUGGGGACUACGAGGAUGCCCAAGGCAGCCAGCAGGAUCUGCACGGAGAUGAGGAAGAAGAUGAAGAUGAGGACGAAGUCGAUGAGGAGAAGUACAUGCGCGUGGAGUCCAGUGCCGAGCCACUGAAUCUUACGCAACAAUCCAACCCACAACCAGCUGACAACGUCAACCACACUACCACAACCGUCUCAACGGACAGUCCCACUGGCAACGCGGAGGAGGAACCCUUUAAGCCGCCACCGCCACUGCCCGUUCGGGCCUCCACCUCAGCCCAGGCUCAAAUCCAGCAGCUCAACGAUGCAGUGUACACCACGCCACACAUUUCGGCCGUAAAGCUUGGCCAGAAAUCCCCCCACGCCGGACAGCUUCAGCUGACCAAGGGAAAGUGCUGUCCCCAGAAGCGGGAGUGUCCCUCCUCGCAGUCGGAGCUCUCGGACUGCGGCUACGGCACUCAGGUGGAGAACCAGGAGUCCAUCUCCACCUCCAGCAAUGACGACGACGGUCCCCAGGGUAAGCCCCAGCAUCAGAAGCCGCCUUGCAACACAAAACCGAGGAAUAAGCAAAGGACGAUCAUGUCGCCGCAGGACACAAAGGAGCUGAGACGAAAGAAAUUGGUGAAACGCAGCAAGAGUAGUCUAAUAAAUAUGAAAGGAUUGGUUCAGCACACGCCAACGGACGAGGACAUUUCGAAUCUGCUCAAGGAGUUCACAGUCGAUUUUCUGCUCAAAGGAUACAACUAUUUGGUGGAGGAACUGCAUCAGCAACUGCUCUCCAACGCGGUGCCCAUUGAUACCUCGCACUUCUUCUGGCUGGUCACGUACUUCUUGAAGUUCGCCGCCCAACUGGAGCUGGACAUGGAGCACAUAGACACCAUCCUGACCUACGAUGUCCUUAGUUAUCUGACCUACGAGGGAGUGACCUUGUGUGAGCAGUUGGAAAUGAAUGCCCGGCAGGAGGGCAGCGAUCUGAAGCCUUAUCUUAGGAGGAUGCACUUGGUGGUGACGGCCAUCAGAGAGUUUUUGCAGGCCAUUGAGACGUACAACAAAGUCACCCACUUGGGCGAAGAUGACAGAGCUCAUCUGAGGCAGUUGCAGUUACAAAUUAGCGACAUGACCGAUCUGCGAUGCCUUUUCGUCCUUCUGCUGAGACGCUUCAAUCCCAGCAUCCACUCCAAACAGUAUCUGCAGGACCUGGUGGUGACCAAUCACAUACUCCUGCUAAUUCUGGACAGUUCCGCCAGGAUUGAUGGAGGACAGACAGUACGACUAUCCGAGCACAUAUCACAGUUCGCCACGUUAGAGGUAAUGCACUAUUAUGGUAUCCUCCUGGAGGACUUCAGCAACAACGGAGAAUUCGUCAAUGACUGUAUCUUUACCAUGAUGCAUCAUAUAGGAGGGGAUUUGGGACAAAUAGGUGUUUUGUUUCAACCGAUUAUACUGAAGACAUAUUCCCGAAUUUGGGAGGCAGACUACGAAUUGUGUGAUGACUGGUCUGAUCUUAUCGAGUAUGUCAUACACAAGUUUAUGAACACUCCACCUAAAUCUCCACUGACAAUACCCACAACUUCCUUGACUGAGAUGACCAAGGAACAUAAUCAGGAGCAUACUAUAUGCACUUGGUCACAGGAGGAAAUGGACACCCUAUAUUGGUAUUAUGUACAGAGUAAAAAAAAUAAUGAUAUAGUGGGAAAAAUAGUGAAGCUCUUCAGCAACAAUGGCAAUAAACUAAAAACCCGGAUCUCCAUUAUCCAGCAACUAUUGCAGCAGGACAUAAUAACUUUGCUGGAGUAUGAUGAUCUCAUGAAAUUCGAAGAUGCCGAGUACCAGAGAACUUUGCUUACGACACCCACUUCGGGAACCACGGAAUCGGGAAUUGAGUUGAAGGAAUGUGCUUUUGGAAAGCCCUCAGAUGAUGUUCAGAUCCUCUUGGAUCUCAUCAUUAAAGAGCACAAGUCCCAGCACUUGGUGUGGCUGCAGAAACUGCUCCUCGAGUGCUGUUUCAUCAAGCUCACCCUAAAGGGCGACAUCAAAAUUCCCGAAGGCAAUAGGAUAAUGGAGCCAGUGGCCUAUCACUGCAUUUGCAAACAGAAGUCCAUUCCCGUGGUGCAGUGGAACAACGAACAGUCCACCACAAUGUUGUACCAACCAUUCGUCCUGUUGCUCCACAAACUGGGCAUCCAAUUGCCGGCGGAUGCAGGUUCGAUUUUCGCCCGAAUUCCGGAUUAUUGGACGCCGGAGACGAUGUACGGAUUGGCCAAGAAACUGGGUCCAAUGGAUAAACUGACCCUGAAGUUCGAUGCCUGCGACCUGGAGGAUGCCACUGCGGCGAGUCCUUCCCGCUAUCACACUGGCCCCAGGAACUCUCUGAGUUCGGUGAGCAGUCUGGAUGUGGAUUUGGGCGAACCGGAAGAUCUGGCCAUUAUACCGGAGGUGGAUCCGGCUAUAGAGAAGGCCCACGCCAUGUCCUCGACCCCGUCGCCUACGGAAAUUUUUGCAGUUCCCAAGACCAAGCACUGCAACUCGAUUAUCAGAUACACGCCCGAUCCCACGCCUCCAGUGCCCAACUGGCUGCAAUUGGUAAUGCGAAGCAAAUGCAAUCAGCGACCCACCGGAGAUCCAAGCGAUGGGGUAACAUCCUCGGCAACAACCGUCAAUGAGGACGAAGGAUUGGGAAAGUCCUUCACAGCUGGGACGUCUCAGUCGGGCAGCUCCUCCAUGGGAGCCGUGAACUCCACAACCACCACUCUGGGAUGCCUCAGUAUGAUGAACAGCUUCAUGGGAUCCCAGAACGAGAACAGCAACAGCCCGGGAGGAGGAGGAACUGUCGCCUCAUUGCCCAUGGCUGCCCUCAUGAGUGCCAAGGCGAUGGGAGGUGGAGGAGCAGUCGGAAUAACUGACCCGGAGGUAGAUGCCUCGAUGAAGACGUCCUUCGAACGGCCGGAGACCACCGGAGCCCAUUUCUCGAGGGCCAACAACUUGGAUCAGGAGUACAGUGCUAUGGUGGCUUCGGUCUAUGAAAAGGAAAAAGAGUUGCUGAACAGCGAUAAUGUCUCAGUGGCCUCGGAUCUGACCAGAAUGUAUGUAAGCGAUGAGGAUGAAAGACACGAGUUCCGGGUUCCCCACUAUCACUAGGGAUUGGUCCAGAAUUGUACCUCCCAUCGUACCUUCACCCCGAAAGUAAAACCUCUAAGAUUAAAUAGAAAAAAAAACGUAAAACGAAGAGUUUCUAGUACCUAGUACUACAAUAAAGAAACUUCUAUAUAUGACCUCUUUAAAAGCUGAAAAGUAUAAAUACCUGAUGGAAAAAAAGUGCAUUACGUAGAUAAAUAAAUGCAAAAGUUGAAAUCGAGGCUCAUUUAAGAUUUUCCCAAUGGCAUUAAUUAGACUUAAGGUAGUUGUAGUCUCCAAUUGUAUUCUGUAUACUUACAACAUACAUGUAUAAAUGGGCAGUUCCUGGUUGAAAUAGUGCAAAUAUACACACGCAGAUAUCUAAUUAGAUUAUCAUUAAGAAGUUAUUUCAUAUCGUAUUUGUAUUAUAUCCAGCAUCCAUCUGUAUAUCUCUAUCCCUAAUCCUAAGUUAUGUUCGAUAGAAAUAAAGCUUUCUCUGUAGUCGAAGCCACAAA